CUUCUUAUUUUAUCAGCAAUUGGAGAAUUUUAGCUUAUGUAAAUUCACUUCCAUGUCUGCUGUGUUUUUUACUAACGCUGAUAAUGCCGGAAAGCACUCGCUGGUACAUGUCCAAAGGAAUGUACCAUAAAGUUAUUGAGAUGUUAAGAAGAAUAUCUAAAGUGAAUGGUAAAAGUCCCGAACCGGGGAUUUAUAACGAAUUUUUAAAAAAUAUAUCACUCGACAAUAAUACUGUAGAAAAUGCAACAAUAUUUGAUUUGAGAAAGACACCACAUCUUCGUAAAAAUAUUUUUCUCUUGGCUAUCGCUUUCUCAUUUUCAACGCUAAUUAUGGACACGCACAUAUAUUAUUCAAACAGAUACAACAUGUCUGUCUUCAUCUCCUUCUCUUGGUUCAGUCUCGAAAUUUUUUUCGCAUCUACAGUUUCAAAAUUCACUGCAAAUUUAUGGGGUCUCAGAUUCAAUGGAUUUUUGGGACUGUUUCUAACAUCCGUCUUUAGUUACACAUUUGUUUUUACUUCCAAUGAAACUGUAAAAUUAAUUUCCGGAUCGAUUGGUCGAAUGAGUAUCAGUUUCAUACAAAUUUUAUACAGUCAAUACGUACCCGAAUUUUUUCCAACAACAUUUCGUGCUCAGGGUUCUGGUUUAGUUCGUUUUCUAAGCAUCAUUGUUCAUUUCAUUGCACCCUAUGUAAUUGUUCUGGCCAGCACUUGGAGAGAGUUACCAAUGUUGAUAAUUGCAACCCUUGCUCUUGUGGAUUCAUUCUUAAUUCUCUUUCUCCCAGAAACUGUGGGCAAGUGUUUGCGACAAACCCUUCAAGAUGGAGAGGACUUUUGUAAGAGUAAAAAAUUCUGGCCAAUUUUUAUUAUCAACAACAAGUGAAGAGCAAAAAGAAAACUUCUUCUUACAUUGCAAUUUUUUUAUUUUCAUUAUGUUAUGUCAUAAUUAACAAAAUUAUGUUGUACUGUUCUGUAUACGUACAAUUUUGUACCUACAAUUUCUAAUUUUA